AAGCCUCAAGCAAUCCUUCUGCUUCAGCCUCCCAAAAGUGCUAGGAUUAUAGGCAUGAGCCACUGCACUCAGCCUAAUUUUCUAAUUACAAGUCAGAGACAACCUAAACAGUUUGCUGUCAGAAACUUUUUUAUUCAAGAGAGAAAUAGCCUAAAGAUUUCUUUGUAGCAUAUCUCUGAAGUGUAUCUAGAUGAUUUUUUUUUUUUUUUUGAUACUGGACAUUAGCUCAAACAACAGAUUCUUAGUUUUUCUAAAGCCUCUUUUAAAAUCCAACACAGAUGUUUAUUCAGCAUUUACUAUAUGUCAGCCAUUGCCUUGGUUUCUUCCAUAUUUUGUGUUAUUAAAUUAUUUUUAAUAAUGAAGCUGAAGUACCAUUUCAUUUGGUCAAAGUGGAGAAAUAAAAUUCUAGCCCAGAUUUUCUGUAGGACUGCUUUGGGUGGGGUGUGCCUCUAAGGUAUAACCAAGAAUGAAACAAAUGAUGUAGAAAUGAAGGUUUGAGUUAAGGUGUAAGAGAUAAUCAACUUUUCUUUUUAGAAGAAAGUAUAGUUCUAAUGGGGGAUGUACUGGGUUUAGGAAAAGAGAAGUAAAACUUCUCACCAUACCUACCAUGCUUUAUUUUGCAGGGACUUAGUUCUUAAUUGGCAUGGUGUAUUCAUAUAGGAAAUAGCAUUUUAAAUGUCAUUUCUUUGGGGAAAAACAAAACAUUAAAAAUCAAAUUUGUAAAAUUUCUUGUUUCCUGGUAUCAAAGAAUAACUUCUUCCUGCCAUACCUUGUAAGUUCUUCCUGACCUCUAUUAUUUUUCCUCUGGGGUAAAGGGAAGAGGAAAGAAAUCAAUACGUAACAAUUGAAUGAAGUGAAUGGUAUUAGAAACCUAGAGUUGUUAGGAUCUAUGGAUAAACAUUCUAUAAGUUCUAAAUAUGAUUAAUCACAAACCAUUUUUCUCAAUUUCAUGGCAACUAGAAAGUGAAUACUUUAGGUGGAAAAAUAUAAAUGAAUACAAAAUAUAAAUGAAUACAAUUAAAUUCAGUACGGAAAGCCUUUACAUUACAUAGUUUCCUGAACUAUGUAAUUUCCAUCUUUUGGAGCAUUGUUGGUAAUAAUUUAGAAGUCACUGGAUGUUCUUGACACAGGGCAUAAAGUCGUGAUGUGGUCCUUUUUCUUAGCUGAAUCUACUUAAUGCUACUUGCUAGUCUAGAUGGUUAAGGAAUAGGGUAAAUAUAACCCAAAUAGGGCUACAUCAGGAUAAGUGUGAUUUAUUCUUGUUUGUGGAAAAUUUAUAAUAUGUGAUUCUCCUAAGUCUUGUGUUUGUAUUUUAUUUCUUAAGCAGUGUUUGGCAUAUUAUAACCUGGCAUAAUUGUGUUUCAACGUACGAGAUAGUGUGGAUUAUAAAAUUUUCGUAUUACAGUCAUGAGCUUUAAGAUACGAAGCUGUGUAGGUUGUAGGCAUAGAGCCAGGCUGUGAGAGAGAUCACACCAGCUCAGCACAGAAAAACAUCACUGCCUGAGGAUGUGUGAUUUUCUUACCUCAUCUGUCAGGUUCCCCGAUUAGGUUAGUUUCCUUCUUGAGACAAGUGACACACUUUUCCAGAGAGAGGCAAGCAAUGGGAAACCUUCACAUCUAAGGUCAGACACCAUCAGCAUGAGAAUAAUUUGACUUGGAGAAGAAUUUUUUGGCACAUGGACGUGUGGGAUGUGGGCUGGGUGGAAGAUGUAGAACUUGGUUAUUUAGUCCUUGAGUUGCCAUUUACUUUUUUUAUUGUAAUAAAACUAUGCAUAACAUUAGAGCUUACCAUUUUUAAGUGUACAAUUCAAUGGCAUUAGCUGUAUUCCUAUUGUUUUUCUACCAAUAUCUCCAUCCAUUUCCAGAACUUUUUUUCAUCUUCUCAAAUUGAAGCUAUUAAGCAAUAAGUCCCCAACCCGUCCUUCCCCCAGUACCUGGCAACCAACAUUCUAACUUUCUGUCUACAAGAAUUUGACUACUCUAACAUCUAAAAAAGUAGAAUAUCAUAUAGUAGUUGUCCUUCAGUGAUUGGCUUAUUUUACUUAGCUUGUUAUCUUCAAGGUGUAUUUAUGCUGUAGCGUGCAAUGGAUUUUAUUCCUUUUUAAGGCUGAAUAAUGUCCCAUUAUAUGUAUAUGCUAUAUUAUGUUUGUGUAUUCAUCUGUUGCCAAACACUUUUGUUGCUUCUACCUUUUGGAGACAGUUACUUUUAAAUCAUUGAUUAUGUCUGUUAUAGAAAAGUAUUUGAAAUUUCGACAGGAACUAGUCUGGAAGAUCAGAUAUCGUUUUGCCAGUGUCCAUUCCCAGUGAGUGGAGAGUUCAUUCGUUCAACAAAAAUGUGAGUGCCUACAGCGUGCACCACGCCAGGUGCUGCAAGUACAGCAGCGCACACAGACAGACAUGGCACAGCCACCGUGGAGAUUAGAGUGUGGUGGGGGAAGCAGGACCCCGGCUGCUUAAGUAAUUUCAUGACUAAAUGUAAAAUCACAACUUUAAUAAAUAAGUGCUUAAGGGAAGAGAAGUGAGGGCAUUUCACCAAUAUACUUUUGGGAGUGGGGGGCAGUCCAUCAAGAAACAGAGGUAAGAAGUUUCAGGCAGAGGAAAUAACUAUGCAAGGGCCUUUUGCCCAUCAAGGAAGCAAGAGCAGCCUAAGCAAUUUGCAGUGCAGAGAGUGAGCAUGAGCAUGGUGUAAGUCUGGAAAGUGUAUAAAUCUUGCAGGUUCCAUGGCUUCCCUGUGCUCCUGGCAUAAAGACCAAAACCCUAUCAUAAUCUUGCAGCAGGAAGCUAUGGAAGAGUUUUAAUGUGUAAAAGGGGGUCAGUGGAUGAGGGUAAGAUGAUCAGACUUUAGCUUUUAAAGAUCUCAGGAAGUAGUGUGGUAAAUGAGUGGGGUGAAUGGGAUUAAAAUUGAAUCCAGACAGUUUAUUAAGGAAACUUUUGCAGUUCUCAAGGCAAAAAUUAAUGAUUGGGAUGAUAGCAUCAGAGAUUAAGAGAAAUCUAAAUUUGAGAAAAAUUAGAAUUUAAUAAAUGGAUGUUGUGUGCAUUGGUAAUGGAGAAAGGACCAUGUGUUAAGGAAAGUGUUAAGGAAAACUAAAUGUAUAGGUUGUGUAACAAGAUCGCUGUGGUUUUUCAUUUGGGUAGUGUACGGGAUGAGGAAAUGGUGAAAGCCAAAACAGGUUUUUGAGAGAUUUGAUUGUGAAGUGGGAGAAGAGAUUAGACUGUAGCUAUAGGAAAAUAUAGGGUCGAGGGAAUAUUUUCGUUUUGUUUUUGAGAUGGGAGAGACCUGCACAUUUAAAAGUUGGUAGGGAGGACCUCUGGCUGUGGGAGGGAGGUGAAAUAUAUGUGGCAGAACAAAGAUAAUGGAUAAUAUAAGAAGUUUAAGAAAGGGUUUGGAGUGUGUAGGGAAAAGGAGCCAAAAUAGUGACGGGGAGGGAAUGGUCAGCUUUUAGAUAUGAAGAGAAAGAAGGAAAGAGAAUAGAUUAGGCACAGUCUUAGGCAGAGUCAAAGAACCCAGGUUAGCAAGUAUUGACAAUUCCAAAGUCACUUAUUAAAAAUGCCAGAUUUUCUAUAAUAUCUGUUUUCUAGUAUGUGUACCAUUUAUAGAUCUGAUUGUGAGAAACUGACCAGUGUUUCAGAGUUGAAACAUCCUUUCUUCACUAUAAUGCAGUCUUUCAAAUAACCUACAUACCUUGGAAAUAAAGAGUUUAUGGUAGAAUAAUGUAUCCUCAUUUAAUUUCAACUCUCUACCUUUAGAAGUUUGGUUGAUUUAAAAAAAAAAAUCAAGACCUGGUUGGGUUUAUUUUUACCUUAUUUGCAAGGCAGUAUGUGCAUCUGUGUGUGUGUGUGUGUGUGUGUGUGUGUAUGUGUGCGUAUGGGUGUUGGUGAAAAUCACAUCUUCUAAAUUUUUACAAAGCUUAUCAAGUGUGCAUUUUAUAAAUUUUUGAUAGAUAUUUAUUUACUGUAGCACAGUAAUAUCUAAGGGUGGGGUAGAGGUCACUUAGAUUCCUUUAUCUUCACCUUGGUGAAAAAUCAUAUUUUAGUUCAAAGCUGUUCAAGUAAGUCCUUGCUCCGUUUUCCCACCCUGUCUUCAGUGAUAUUAUUUGGAGUCAGCAAUCAAUGGAUUCCAUCCCUCUGAGACUUGCUUAACCUACAGCCGCUGAUAUAAUACAGGCAAGAGCUUGUUACUUUAUCUGAUUUGUCCAUUGCUACCUUAAUGACUGAAAUGGUUAAGUAGAGGAGGGGGCGAGCCUUAAGGAAUGUGUGUACCAUUUGAGCUGAAUAUUUCAGUGUAUAUAGGGAGAGGGAGGGUGAGAGAGAAAUCCACUUACAUCACUAGAACUGCAUUGAGUGUGAGCCUUGCAGGUUAAGAGACAGACUACAGUGUCUUGCUUUCUGCAGGAAGCAGCAAUGCCGUUUGUUUCCUAAGAGGAAUUUUUUAUUUAGAAAAGGAAGCUUUCUCUCUACCCAGGAAAUGGCUUUCCUUGUGCGUUGCUAUGCCAACUGCCUGCAGCCAUGGUCCUCCAAACUUCCUGCAGAUUUCACAAAACUACACCUUACUGACAGUCUCCACCCACAGGUGACCCACGUUUCUUCUAGCCAUUCAGGAUGUAGUAUCACUAGUGAUUCUGGAAGCAGCAGUCUUUCUGAUAUCUACCAGGCCACGGAAAGUGAGGCUGGUGAUAUGGACCUGAGUGGGUUGCCAGAAACUGCAGUGGAUUCUGAGGACGAUGACGAUGAAGAAGAUAUCGAGAGGGCAUCAGAUCCUCUGAUGAGUAGGGACAUUGUGAGAGACUGCCUGGAGAAGGACCCAAUUGACCGAACAGAUGAUGAUAUUGAGCAACUCUUGGAAUUUAUGCACCAGUUGCCUGCUUUUGCCAAUAUGACAAUGUCGGUAAGACGGGAACUCUGUGCCGUGAUGGUGUUUGCCGUGGUGGAAAGAGCAGGAACCAUAGUGUUGAAUGAUGGUGAAGAGCUGGACUCCUGGUCAGUGAUUCUCAAUGGUUCUGUAGAAGUGACUUAUCCAGAUGGAAAAGCAGAAAUAUUAUGUAUGGGAAAUAGUUUUGGUGUUUCUCCUACCAUGGACAAAGAAUACAUGAAAGGAGUAAUGAGAACAAAGGUGGAUGACUGCCAGUUCGUCUGCAUAGCCCAGCAAGAUUAUUGCCGUAUUCUCAACCAAGUGGAAAAGAACAUGCAAAAAGUUGAAGAGGAAGGAGAGAUUGUUAUGGUGAAAGAACAUCGAGAACUUGAUCGAACUGGAACAAGAAAGGGACACAUUGUCAUCAAGGGCACCUCAGAAAGGUUAACGAUGCAUUUGGUGGAAGAACAUUCUGUGGUAGAUCCAACAUUCAUAGAAGACUUCCUGCUGACCUAUAGGACUUUUCUUUCUAGCCCAAUGGAAGUGGGCAAAAAGUUAUUGGAGUGGUUUAAUGACCCGAGCCUCAGGGAUAAGGUUACACGGGUAGUAUUAUUGUGGGUGAAUAAUCACUUCAAUGACUUUGAAGGAGAUCCUGCAAUGACUCGAUUUUUAGAAGAAUUUGAAAAUAAUCUGGAAAGAGAGAAAAUGGGUGGACAUCUAAGGCUGUUAAAUAUUGCGUGUGCAGCUAAAGCAAAAAGAAGAUUGAUGACAUUAACAAAACCAUCCCGAGAAUCCCCUUUGCCUUUUAUCUUACUAGGAGGCUCUGAAAAGGGGUUUGGAAUCUUUGUUGACAGUGUAGAUUCAGGUAGCAAAGCAACUGAAGCUGGCUUGAAACGUGGAGAUCAGAUACUAGAAGUAAAUGGUCAAAACUUUGAAAAUAUUCAGCUGUCAAAAGCCAUGGAGAUUCUUAGAAAUAACACACAUUUAUCUAUCACUGUGAAAACCAAUUUAUUUGUAUUUAAAGAACUUCUAACAAGAUUGUCAGAAGAGAAAAGAAAUGGUGCCCCUCACCUUCCUAAAAUUGGUGACAUCAAAAAGGCCAGCCGCUACUCCAUUCCAGAUCUCGCUGUGGAUGUGGAACAGGUGAUAGGACUUGAAAAAGUGAAUAAGAAAAGUAAAGCCAACACCGUUGGAGGAAGGAACAAGCUAAAAAAGAUACUCGACAAGACUCGAAUCAGUAUCUUGCCACAGAAACCAUAUAAUGAUAUUGGGAUUGGUCAGUCUCAAGAUGACAGCAUAGUAGGAUUAAGGCAGACAAAGCACAUCCCAACUGCAUUACCUGUCAGUGGAACCUUAUCAUCCAGUAAUCCUGAUUUAUUGCAGUCACAUCAUCGCAUUUUAGAUUUUAGUGCUACUCCUGACUUGCCAGAUCAAGUACUAAGGGUUUUUAAGGCUGAUCAGCAAAGCCGAUACAUCAUGAUCAGUAAGGACACUACAGCGAAGGAGGUGGUCAUUCAGGCUAUCAGGGAGUUUGCUGUUACUGCUACCCCGGAUCAAUAUUCGCUAUGUGAGGUCUCUGUCACACCCGAGGGAGUAAUCAAACAGAGAAGACUUCCAGAUCAACUUUCCAAACUUGCUGAUAGAAUACAACUGAGUGGAAGGUAUUAUCUGAAAAACAACAUGGAAACAGAAACGCUUUGUUCGGACGAAGAUGCUCAGGAGUUGUUGCGAGAGAGCCAGAUCUCCCUACUUCAGCUCAGCACAGUCGAAGUUGCCACGCAGCUCUCUAUGCGCAAUUUCGAACUGUUCCGCAACAUUGAACCUACUGAAUACAUAGAUGAUUUAUUUAAACUCAAAUCAAAGACCGGCUGCGCCAACCUGAAGAAAUUUGAAGAAGUCAUUAACCAGGAAACAUUUUGGGUAGCAUCUGAAAUUCUGAGAGAGACAAACCAGCUGAAGAGGAUGAAGAUCAUUAAGCAUUUCAUCAAGAUAGCACUGCACUGUAGGGAGUGCAAGAAUUUUAACUCAAUGUUUGCAAUCAUCAGUGGUCUAAACCUGGCCCCGGUGGCAAGACUGCGAACGACCUGGGAAAAACUUCCUAAUAAAUACGAAAAGCUAUUUCAGGAUCUGCAAGACCUGUUUGAUCCCUCCAGAAACAUGGCAAAGUAUCGCAAUGUCCUCAAUAGUCAAAACCUACAACCCCCCAUAAUCCCUCUCUUCCCAGUUAUCAAGAAAGAUCUCACCUUCCUUCAUGAAGGAAAUGACUCAAAAGUUGACGGGCUGGUUAACUUUGAGAAGCUAAGGAUGAUUGCAAAAGAAAUUCGUCAUGUGGGCCGAAUGGCUUCAGUUAACAUGGACCCGGCCCUCAUGUUCAGGACUCGGAAGAAGAAAUGGCGGAGUUUGGGGUCUCUCAGCCAGGGUAGUACAAACGCAACAGUGCUAGAUGUUGCUCAGACAGGUGGCCAUAAAAAGCGGGUACGUCGUAGUUCCUUUCUCAAUGCCAAAAAGCUUUAUGAAGAUGCCCAAAUGGCUCGAAAAGUGAAGCAGUACCUGUCCAAUUUGGAGCUAGAAAUGGAUGAGGAGAGUCUUCAGACAUUAUCGCUGCAGUGUGAGCCAGCAACCAACACAUUGCCGAAGAAUGCUGGUGACAAAAAGCCCGGCAAAUCUGAGACCUCCCCGGUGGCUCCAAGGGCAGGGUCACAGCAGAAGGCACAACCCCAGCCACAGCCCCAGCCGCCGCCACCACCACAUAAAGGCAACCAGGGACUGCAGGUUCCUGCCGUGUCCCUGUACCCUUCUCGGAAGAAAGUCCCUGUAAAGGAUCUUCCACCUUUUGGCAUAAACUCUCCACAAGCUUUAAAGAAAAUUCUUUCUUUGUCUGAAGAGGGAAGUUUGGAACGUCACAAGAAACAAGCGGAAGACACGAUAUCAAAUGCAUCAUCACAGCUUUCUUCUCCACCUACUUCUCCACAGAGUUCUCCAAGGAAAGGUGGCAGUGGCAAUCAGCUGAGAUCUUUUGGCUCCGGGCAGUUGGACUUAACCAGUUCCUCCUCUUCUCUUGGAAGUGAGAACAGUAACAAGAAUAACAAUGCACCACGGACCUAUGGGAUAGGCUAUACUUUGGCUCCCAGUGGUACUGUGGAUAAUUUUUCAGAUUCUGGUCACAGCGAAAUUUCCUCACGAUCCAGUAUUGUCAGCAAUUCUUCUUUUGACUCAGUGCCAGUGUCGCUACAUGAUGAGAGGCGCCAGAGGCACUCUGUCAGCAUCGUGGAAACAAACCUAGGCGUGGGCAGGAUGGAGAGGCGGACCAUGAUUGAGCCGGAUCAGUACAGCUUAGGGUCCUAUGCACCGAUGUCGGAGAGUCGAGGCUUAUAUGCUACAGCUACAGUAAUUUCUUCUCCCAGCACAGAGGAACUCUCCCAAGACCAGGGGGAUCGCGCUUCACUCGAUGCUGCUGACAGCGGCCGUGGGAGCUGGACGUCGUGCUCAAGUGGUUCCCACGAUAACAUACAGACGAUCCAGCACCAGAGAAGCUGGGAGACGCUCCCAUUUGGGCACACUCACUUUGACUAUUCAGGGGAUCCUGCAGGUUUUUGGGCCUCGAGCAGCCACGUGGACCAAAUCAUGUUUUCUGAUCAUAGCACAAAGCAAAACAGGCAAAAUCAAAGUAGAGAGAGUCUUGAACAAGCCCAAUCCCGGGCGAGCUGGGCAUCUUCCACGGGUUACUGGGGAGAAGACUCGGAAGGCGACACGGGCACAAUAAAGCGGAGGGGUGGGAAGGACGUUUCCAUCGAAGCUGAAAGCAGUAGCAUAACGUCUGUGACCACAGAAGAAACCAAACCUGUCCCCAUGCCUGCCCACAUAGCUGUGGCAUCGAGUACUGCAAAGGGGCUUAUUGCACGAAAGGAGGGCAGGUAUCGAGAGCCCCCGCCCACCCCUCCGGGCUACGUGGGAAUCCCCAUCGCCGACUUCCCAGACGCGCCUUCGCACCCGGCCAGGAAGCCGCCCGACUACAACGUGGCGCUGCAGCGGUCGCGCAUGAUCGCCAGGCCCUCGGACGCGCCCGCCCAGCCGCACGGGCACCCGCCGAGCAGCAGGCCCGUGAGCAAGCCUCAGUGGCACAGGCCCAGCGAGUCCGACCCGCGCCUCGCCCCCUACCAGUCGCAAGGCUUCUCCGCGGAGGAGGACGAAGAUGAACAAGUGUCUGCUGUUUGAGGCACAGGCGAGCCACCCACAAGGAGAGCACAGGAAGACGUCCCUAGCAUUGGAGCCUUGGAACUCACAUUCUGAGGAUGGUGGACCAGUUUGCCUCCUUCCCUGCCUUAAAAGCAGCAUGGGGCUUCUCCCCUUCUUCCUACCCCCUUUGCAUGUGAAAUACUGUGAAGAAAUUGCCCUGGCACUUUUCAGACUUUGUUGCUUGAAAUGCACAGUGCAGCAAUCUUCAAGCUCCCGCUGUUGCUGCCUGCCACAUCACACAGUAUCAUUCCAAAUUCCAAGAUCAUCACGACGAGAUGAUUCACUCUGGCUGCACUUCUCAAUGCCUGGAAGGAUUUUUAAAAAUCUUCCUUUUAAAUUGCAAUCCAGUCCUAGCACUUGGUCUCAUUGGGAUAAUGAGAAAAGCUAGCCAUUGAACUACUUGGGGCCUUUAACCCACAGAGGAAGACAAAGAAAAACAAUGAAAUCCUUUGAGCACAGUGCUUGUCCACUUGUUUACAAUGUCCUCCUUUUUUUUUAAAAAAAAAGAAAUGAGUUUAAAGAUUGUGUUUAGAGAGUAAAUGUUUUAUCCAUUUAAUGAUUACAGUAUUAUUUUGAACCUUAAGUAGGGUUGCCAGCCUGGUUUCUAAAAAACCAAAUAUGCCGGACAGGGUGUGGCCGCACCAAGAAGAGGGGAAGGCCUGGCUUGUGACCCUGUCUUCCCACGUCCUUCUGGCCUCACCCAUGAAGUGCCCUAUCCUGGAAGUAUAAAAUGUUAGCCAAUUACUCGAAUACCAAGACACCUCAUCUGCUCCUUCCCCAGCGGGUGGGGUUCUUCUGUCAAACUGUUUGCACAUGGCCAGGGGAGGGAAAUAGGACUCUCUGUCCUGUCUGAGCCUUAUGGAGGCAGGACAGUGUCAUUUGAAGGGCGUGUCCUGCUCCAUUGAGAUGGAUGGCAAACCCCAUUUUUAAGUUAUGUUUCUUUGAUUUUUGUUAAUUUAGAGUUUUAGUUUUUUUUGUUUUUUUUUUUUUUUUUAAAGAAACAUUUAUAACUGGACAGCAUUGCAGUGAAAGCAGCUUGGGAUGUUGGAGCUAAUGCCAGCUGUUUAUACUGCUCUUUCAAGACAGCCUCCCUUUAUUGAAUUGGCAUUAGGGAAUAAACAAGCCUUUAAACGUGAUAAAAGAUCAGAAACCUAGUUAGGUAUGCCAGCCUUUGCAAGGCAGGUUAGUCACCAAAGACUAACCUCCACGUGGCUUUAUGGACGCUGACUAUAGAGAAGGCCUAAGUGUAGCAACCAUCUGCUCACAGCUGCUAUUAACCCUAUAUUGACUGAAAAUGACCCCUCCACUCUAUUUUUGUGUUGUUUUUGCACAGACUCCGGAAAAGUGAAGGCUGCCAAUCCGAGUAGUACUCAAAUGUGAGGAACUGCUGGUCUUGGAUUUUUUUUCCAUUAAAUUCAGCUGAUCAUAUUGAUCAGUAGAUAAACGUAAAUAGCUUCAAAUUUUAAAAGUGGAAUUGCAGUGUUUUUUCACUGUAUCAAACAAUGUCAGUGCUUUAUUUAAUAAUUCUCUUCUGUACCAUGGCAUUUGUCUACUUGCUUAUAUAUUACAUUGUCAAUUAUGCAUUUGUAAUUUUACAUGUAAUAUGCAUUAUUUGCCAGUUUUAUUAUAUAGGCUAUGGACCUCAUGUGCAUAUAGAAAGACAGAAAUCUAGCUCUACCACAAGUUGCACAAAUGUUACCUAAGCAUUAAGUAAUUGUAGAACAUAGGACUGCUAAUCUCAGUUCGCUCUGUGAUGUCAAGUGCAGAAUGUACAAUUAACUGGUGAUUUCCUCAUACUUUUGAUACUACUUGUACCUGUAUGUCUUUUAGAAAGACAUUGGUGGAGUCUGUAUCCCUUUUGUAUUUUUAAUACAAUAAUUGUACAUAUUGGUUAUAUUUUUGUUGAAGAUGGUAGAAAUGUACUAUGUUUAUGCUUCUACAUCCAGUUUGUAUAAGCUGGAAAAUAAAUAAAUAUAACAUAAAG